CUAUGGGGUCUCUAUGGGGUCUCUAUGGGGUCUCUAUGGGUCUCUAUGGGUUCUAUGAGUCCCUAUGGGGUCUCUAUGGGUGUUUAUGGGUUCUAUAGGUCACUCUAUGGGUGGCUGUGGGUCACGCUAUGGGUCGCUAUGGGGCAGGGGCUGGUGUUCGUGGUCACCGGGGGCUGUGGGUUUUUGGGGUCCCACCUGGUGAAGCUGCUGCUGGAGACGGAGCCUGAGCUGCGCGAGCUCCGCGUCUUCGACCUCCACAUCGACCCCGACCUCCUCCCCAAGGACCACGGGCGGCUGGUGCUGCUGGAGGGCGACGUGGGGGACGCGGGCGCCGUGGGGCGGGCGCUGGACGGGGCCGAUGUCGUCUUCCACACGGCGGCGCUGGUGGAUGUGUGGGGCAGAGCCAGCGACGAGGCCAUCGCCCGCGCCAACGUCCAAGGGACGCGGGCCGUGCUAUGGGGCAGCCGCUUGGGGGGCGUGCGCUGGCUGGUCUUCACCAGCAGCAUGGAGGUCGUGGGGCCCAACACCCUCGGGGACCCCUUCCUGCGGGGUUCGGAGCUGACGCCGUACCGGACGCGUCUGGCGGAGCCGUACGCCCGCAGCAAAGCCCAGGCCGAGCGGCUCGUGCUGCGCAGCAACGGGGCCACCGUGUCGGGAGGCCGUCGGCUGGUGACGCUCUCGCUGCGCCCCACGGGGAUCUAUGGGGAGCGGCACCCCGUCCUCGCCCAGUUCUACCGGCGCGCCGUGGGGCGCUGGCUGCCCCGAACGCUGCCGCCCCACGCCGAGCACGCCCGCGUCUACGUCGGCAACGUGGCGUGGAUGCACGUCCUGGCCGCUCGCGCCGCUCGUCGCUCUCCGUCGUCGGUCGCCGGCGAGUUUUUCUUCUGCUACGAUUCGUCGCCCUACGCUUCCUACGAGGACUUCAAUAUGUUCUUUUUGGGCGCCGUGGGGCUGCGUUUGGGGGGCCGGAAGCUCCCCGACGCCAUUUUAAGCCUCGCGGCGUGGCUCAACGCUCUCCUGCGGCGCCUCCUGAGCCCCUUUUGGGCCUACGCUCCCCUCCUCAACCCCUACACUUUGGCCGUCGCCUCCACCCCUUUCACCGUCCGAACCGACAAAGCCCAACGGUGCUUCGGUUACCGACCCCUCUUCAGCUGGGACGAGGCGCGGGCGCGAACCGUGCGGUGGCUGCGGCACCUCGACGGCGCGUCCUGAUCCAGCUCCGUGUACCCCUGGCUCCGGGUUCUCCCCCUCCUCGGUGUUCCUGCCUUCCCCUGCUCAUUUGCAUCUCAUUUGCAUCUCAUUACGACCAAUUAAAGGGACCUCAACACAGGAACAUGGCUGCCAGGUGUGAUAGUGAGGGCAAGAUGGCCGCCAGACAUGGUGACAGUGCUGCCGGUCACACCAAGAUGGCUGCCGGUCACACCAAGAUGGCUGCCGGACACACCAACAUGGCUACCGGACACACCA